AUGACAGAUUACAGAUCAGAGCUGAAGUGCACUACAAGAUCCAAGAAUCAUGAAGACCACGACCCUCCUGUGUUUCUGCUUCUUAGGUUUCAGUUACAGCAGCCAGGCAGCCAGCUCUGUGGAAGAUGUGUACGAAUAUCUGUGGGAGAAGAAUAAAGACAUCGCCAAUAAGACACUUGGGACUGACUUUCUGAUACAGAUGCAGAACGGCAGCCUUCAGGCGGAGCGAUACGUCAACUUCACCAUACAGGACAUCGGCUAUCUACUGAGAGUGACCAGAAUGCUGAAGAGAUUGAGUGGAAAAGAUACUCAGCCCACUGAACUCAGGGACUUCAUGAAAGGCAGAUACUCAAGCUACAAAAGCUUCGCAGAUUUUAUGCUCAAACAAUAUUUUUUCAAGGGUGAGCCUCCCAUCCAGCAGACUCCAGCUAUGAGGAAGUAUCUGUCGUUCUACAGAAACCUGCUGGAAAAAGAAGAUCCGCUGUACUUUGCUGUGGGUCUCCUUCCCUGCUCUAGACUCUGGGUGUGGUUGGGUAAUAAUCUCAGCAUACCUCCAACCAAUGCCUACUACACUUGGAAGGUGGACAAUAUGGGCGGCCAUCCCGAGAAACACUACAGAGCUCUGCUGAACAAGUCUCUGAACACACCUGAAAAAGUGUCCAAGGCUAAUGUUAUAUUCCGUACACAGAUGCAGAAUGAGCAUGAUUUCUUCUUCUCAUCUUGAGUGGUUGUUAGUAGUAAAAUGCAAACGCUGCUUGUCCAACUUUUCAUGAAAAAAAUAUUUGCAAUUAUUGAUUGAUGUAUUUGAUGGCUUCUUUUAAGAUUAUGCCAGUAAUCAUUUAAAAAUAAUAUUAUUAUACCAAGUUAAAUUUAAGCUU